GCCAUACUUUCCGCCCGCCCGCCCGCCCGUCGUCAGGUGGCGGCGGCCGCGGCCCGUGGGGUCCCGCCGCUUCCCCCCGAGCCCAAAGCCGCGACGGGGACGCAGGUGGCUCCUUUGGCUCCUUGCCGCGGCGCUCGGCCCAGGUGUCCCCGCUCUUCCCAGGAUGCUGGCGGCGUGCGGCAUGCAGCGGUGCCACCAAGAAGCGCUGAAGAAGAAUCGGGUGAUGCUGGCCAAGCAGCUGGUGUUGAAUGUGCUGGUGCAGCACAUGGUGGAGAAGGACAUCAUCACCGCGGAGAUGGUGGAAAUGAUACAGGCCAAGUCUGGGAGCUUUGACCGAAAUGUGGAGUUCCUCAAUUUGCUGCCCAAGAGAGGCCCCAAUGCCUUCUCGGCCUUCUGUGAAGCUCUGCGAGAAACCCAACAGCAGCAUCUGGAGGCAGUGAUCCUGAAGACAAUGUCCAACCUGAGCCAUGAGAUUGCAAGGCUUGAACACUGUCAUGAGUCAGAUCUUCCAUACCCUGCCAGAGAGUCCUGCAAUUCAAAGAGAGCCCGUUGGCUUGAACCAAUAGAACAUUCCUUGGAUAAUGGAGAUGGUCCCUUAGUUCCUCCAGUGAAGUAUUGCACUCCUGAAUUUUAUCACAAUCAUCAGCACUUGGCAUACAAGCUGACAUCAGAGCCCCGAGGCUUAGCACUGAUCCUCAGCAAUGUCCGUUUCAGCAGCGAGAGCGACCUGGAAUAUCGCACAGGGGGAGACGUGGACUGUGCUUCCCUGGAGAUGCUUUUCAAGCAUCUCGGGUAUCAAGUCACUGUUUUUUGUGAUCAAACUGCACAGGAGAUGCAGAAUUCAUUGGAGAGAUUCUCCAAGCUGCAAGGACAUCGAGAUGUGGAUUCCUGCAUUAUAGCUCUGGCUUCCCAUGGUGUGGAGGGUGGGGUUUAUGGCAGUGAUGGCAAACUGCUAGAGUUGCAGGAGGUUUUCCGGCUCUUUGAUAAUGCAAACUGCCCAAAUCUCCAGAAUAAGCCCAAAAUGUUCUUUAUUCAGGCCUGCCGGGGAGGUGUAAGUGGGACCCAUAUUCACCUCCCUCUGCCCUGCUGCUGCCACUGCAUCUGUUGCUCUGUAAGUGUCUUUAGCUCUGCAUGAGGUGUGUGCAUUGACUUGCAGACCCCAGAGCACUUUAGUGACAUAAAGCUCUGCCAUAUCCCACUCAUCCCUUGAGGCUUCCUCGUGCUGUGCCUGCAGUAGGGGGAGUGGGGCACAUGAUGCACGAAUAGCAGCACAGCAUGGAGCAGUACACUAGCACUGGAGCCUUGCUGAGGUCCUGUCUUUCUCUUGAUCUUCCAUGUGUUGUGUCUCUUGUGGCUGUCUCUUGAGCUGUCAGAGUUGCAUCCAAUUAUUUUUGGGGUUUUGUCUUUUUUCUUUACCUUAGCCUGUUCUCAGCCUCAAAUGACCUUCCCUUGCCCCUUGUCCACAUACUGCUGUUGAAUUCUUACAUGUUGUUGUACAGAACUCUUUUCAUGACUCUUACAGACUUCUUUUCUGUGCUUUGUGUACCUUUUAUUUUUAAUUCUGCUAUUCCUUUUCCUUCCUUUUCUAACUAAACAAACACCUCUGUAACUAACUACUUUUCAUAUCUGCUAAUAAUCAAAUUUUUCCCUCAAGUAUUUUUGGACUCUGAAAUUGCAGGUAUUCCAAAGUGAAGCUCUGUCUUACAGUUUCUUUUUUUUCCAUUGUGAUAGAGGAGUUUUCCUGGUGUUUAUGCUUUUCCCCCUGCUUUUCCUUUGUUCCUCACAGUUGUCUCCCAUCUUUCUCAUUUUUAGCAAGCUUUAUGGUUUGUCCUCUAGUCUCUACUCUUGUUUAAUCCCAAUGCAGGGAAAAGCCCAAAGUCUACAUGAAGUAUUUUGGUGAUCAGAAAUACUUGAUCCUUUUAAGCAUUUGGGAAUAUUGUAACAUGCAUGUUUGCAAUAUGAAUUGAAUCUGAUUGUUUUCCUUAUGGGAAUGAACAUUUAGAUACUCUUGAACAAAUGUGAAUGUGCAGACUCAGGGUGGAAAUAAGUGUAAUAAGCCAGAAUUUUCAGCUGACCUCAUUAGGUAAUUAUGUUUAUUUGACUGUAAUGUUACCUGUUAAGACUAACAAAUCAAGCUUGGCCUUUGUAUUCCAAAAAAAGUUGCAGUUAAGGAAAAGUGGUAAAGCUUGCUAUUUAGGGUGCUUUAGAACUAGGAUAUUGCAAUAGACAAAGGAUUAAGAUACUUGAAAAUCUGGAAGGAAGAACUCAGUUUCAUAAAAAACCAGCAAAGAAAGCAAACCCCUGCCUUGUCUAACCUCUUUUAAACCUUUAUUAAUAUUUGAAGGGGAAAGCCAGUUAGAAAGUAAGUGAAUUGGCAGCAAAAGAUGUGUAUCCUUUAGGCAGCAUUCAAAGGACUGUGUAAAUAGUAUUGUCAAAUUUCAAAUAGUAAUCAAUCUAUUUGUACCAUACAAGUUAGCUGGAACUAGUUGAAAAAAGAUGAGAAAUGCCUAAGUUCUUCUUCUUCUCUGACCUUACAUUGUAAGCCUGCUCUAUCUUCUAUUAAUGAUGCAUUUUUAAAAGGUAGAUAAAGAACUGAUGGUACAGUCCUAAUUCCCAAAGAGCUUUUGGCAGCAGUGUACUAAAGUUUAGUAGUCCACCUACAGUCAUGGAUCAAAAACCAGGGGCAACAGAAAACAAUGGGAAGAGUUUCAAUGUGGUGUAAAAUGAAACUUUGAUGUUGCUUUAUAUCUGUGUUUGAUGCAGUAGAUUCUAAAGAGUGAACAAUUAUUCUAAUAACUAGGUAGUUAGCAGUUGUUUAAAUUAAUUGGCAGAACAGCUGAGAGCUUCAAUACAAUUUAAAUUGACUAGAUGAAUUUCUGGCAGUGGCUCUGUGAGUUAGAGGUUAGUGCUUUUGCACAUUUUAGUUAAGUUGACUGAGUGGUGUUUGAAGACAUGCAUGAGGAAGAUGUGUAAUUCUGAAGUGUAAUUCUGAAGCUUUAAUCAAAAAAAGUUUUGAUUUUAUACAUAAUGGGGUGAUGACAGUGUGAAUAAUAGAGUUUGACUGUAAAAUUACCUGAGUCUUCUGAAAUAAAAUGAACAGUGAACAGUACACUAAAUUUUUAAAAAGACAGAUAACUGGAAGGAUUUUGAGAAAUGUUGAUAAAAGACAUGAAAAAAGUUUGGUUAAAAAUGAAAAAAAUUUGCAUUGCUACCCAGAAGAGAUGAGGAAAGGAACUUAAUGGAAGCCAUUAUGAAAUUCUGAGCUAUGGACACUUUAAUUUUAGGCUGUUUCAGGCAAUCACACCCCUCCCACGUUUUUUUUUAGAGGAAAAGAACAAUGUUGCUGACUUAUGAACUGUCCACUUUCUGCACAAAAUUUUGAUGCCACCUGUGCCACUGCCUGUUAAAGGGUUAGAAAUCCAAAUGUAUCAUUUAGGCAUGAGCUAGCAAUAAAAAUGGAGAAACAUCUUAGGAGGAAGGCCUCUGAAAUGGACACUUAAACCUUGUAACACUAGACUCUGAUUCUGCUGUUAGGAAGUAACAAUAAUAGAUUCUCAUCUUAGAACAAAAGAAAACAAAAAGGCAAAAUUAUGUGGAAAAUCCGUAAAAUGUAAUUUUAAUUUUCUUGCAACACAGCUAGACUAUCAAAGUUACCACCACUAAGCAAUUAGUUGAGAUUGUAAUGGAAACUCUACAUCAUGUAGAUGCAGAGAAUAUCUACACUUGCAUAAUACAUACUAAUGAAUCCUGAAAAGGGCAUUAAAUGAUCUCCAGGUUUUAAACUAAUCUCCAUGGGCUGGAGUUCUCUCUCAUGUUUGGGGUCAGAUUAUUUUGUGUUUUUCUGCUGCACAAUUUAUGCUUUUAGUUGAAACAAGCAGUAUUUUAAUCAGGUUUUAGAACUAGGUGAGACACUUGGUCCAGGUUUUCUGCAUGUCCUGGGUGUAGAUCUUAGCAACCAAAAUUACAGCUCUUCUUUGACUUCUGCAGUAAAUAGAUAGUUAGCAUUGCAAAGUGCACUAGACAUUUUUGGGUAUUUCUGGGGCAGGUAUGAGUGGAAAAAAAAAAAUUUGUGGCUAGGCAUCAAAUCCUUCCAUGAAUGGUGGAGAACUGCCAGGAACAUCCCUGCUUUCAUGAUUAUCCCAUGAUCUGCACAGGAAGAGGUGGGUGCAGAAAUCAGCAUGCAGAUCAAGUCAGGUUAGGUUAAGCAGGUGAAGCAAUUGUUGGUAUCUGCAUUAGUUUGUGCAGAAUAACUUUCAGAUGAGUUUAAAAUAGAUGAGAAAUCCUAGAGCUUAUGCAAAAACUUUUUGCUUGACAGUAGUUGUGACGUUGCUGAUGACAAAACUAAGGAACUCCAGGAAAGCUACAUCCAGUAAUUCAGGAUAAUUUCUUUCCCCCUUCUCCCUCUCCUUGUUUAUUGGCA